UCUUCAUUCUGUCUUCCUCUACGAACUUUCCAAUCUAUGGAUAAAAUACGCUAAACGGCAAUAUUAUGAAGACAAUACAUUCUUACGUUUCCACAUCAAAGUGAAGUAUAACACUUAACCCCCUUUUCUUUCAUUUAAUGCCUAUUGGUGUUCCAAAAGUCCCUUUUCGUAGUCCCGGGGAGGAAGAUGCAGUUUGGGUUGACGUAUACAACCGACUUCAUCGCGAAAGAUUACUUUUUUUAGGCCAAGAGGUUGAUAGCGAGAUCUCGAAUCAACUUAUUGGUCUCAUGGUAUAUCUCAGUAUAGAGGAUGAUACCAGAGAUCUGUAUUUGUUUAUAAACUCUCCCGGCGGAUGGGUAAUACCCGGAAUAGCUAUUUAUGAUACUAUGCAAUUUGUGCCACCAGAUGUGCAUACAAUAUGCAUGGGAUUAGCCGCUUCAAUGGGAUCUUUUAUCCUGGUCGGAGGAGAAAUUACCAAACGUCUAGCAUUCCCUCACGCUUGGGUAAUGAUACACCAACCUGCUAGUUCUUUUUAUGAGGCACAAACAGGAGAAUUUGUCCUGGAAGCGGAAGAGCUACUUAAACUCCGUGAAACCCUCACAAGGGUUUAUGUACAAAGAACGGGAAAGCCCUUAUGGGUUGUAUCCGAAGACAUGGAAAGGGAUGUUUUUAUGUCAGCAACAGAAGCCCAAGCUCAUGGAAUUGUUGAUCUUGUCGCGGUCGAAAAUGGCGGUGAUUUCACGUAAACCCGCGAUUCCAUUUCGAACCAUAACAUAGUUCAAAUGAACCGAACCUUGCUUUGAUAUUUUAUCUUCUUACCGGGGUAAAGUAAAAUAUUAUAGGAAAUGGGAGUAAUUCGUAAUCAUCCGGUUAGGAUCGAUCUAAACCAGCCCCAUUCUAUUCUGUAUACGAUUCAGCAUGCCAACUAUUAAACAACUUAUUAGAAACACAAGACAGCCAAUCAGAAAUGUCACGAAAUCCCCCGCGCUUCGGGGAUGUCCUCAGCGCCGAGGAACCUGUACUAGGGUGUAUGUGUGACUCGUUCAAAUUAGGAUAGAAUCGAAAAGCCCUAUUCACUAUCUAAAACUAAAAGUCAAAGGCAAAAGAUCUAUCAUAUACCUCUAUUCUGUAUGAAAUUUAUGGUUUCCAUUGGUGCAAAUCCAAUCACCUCCAUUUGAGAUGAGAAGCAAUUCCCCAUUGGUAGCAAAUGGUUAUCCAUUAAGCGGGGAAAUAAUAUUUAAGAUUAAGAAGCAGAAGAAUUAUGCUCCUACUCUUGCAAGAACGGACUAACAGGGUCAGCUACCUAGCCAACCUUCAUAAUUAAA